AUGUCUCCGAUGUAGCGCAUUUGUUAUUUAGACCGGACGGUGAUGGAUGCGUUGAUUGUGACGAGACGACAACAGUAGAUGAAGAUGUGUUAAAGACACGGCGUUUUCUCCGGUCAAUUCGUGCGGUGAACAUGAACGCGCAAAUAGUAUCGUCCGAACGGUCGAUUUUCUUUCCCAAACUUCACUCACCCUCGAACUCCGACAGUCGGCUGCCCGACAAUGGGGUUGAUGUCGAGGGAAAAGUUAAGACGCGUUUGUUGUCGGUGUGGAACAACGUCAAGUACGGUAUGAAAUUGAAGACCAACUUCUCGAAGGAAUCUCCGGUUUGGCUGCUUGGUAAAUGCUACAGGAGGAUAGAAAGUCCUUCGUCUGAUAUUACGGAAUUGGGGACUGAUGUAGCUGCUAUUCAAAGUGAUAUAUUGAAUCACGAGGAUGAGGGAUUGGAGGGCUUUAAAAAAGAUUUUAUUAGUAGACUGUGGCUGACGUAUCGUAGGGAGUUUCCCAUAUUGAAUGGGUCGAAUUACAGCAGCGACUGCGGAUGGGGCUGCAUGCUCAGGAGCGGGCAAAUGCUCAUUGCCCAAGGUCUAGUCCAUCAUUUUUUGGGCAGAGAUUGGAGAUGGCAACCCGAUUUGUCCACCAAAGCACAGAACUGUGCUAAAAACGUAACACAUAGAAAAAUAAUAAAAUGGUUCGGUGACAAACCGUCACUGAACAGUCCCUUGUCGAUACACACGUUGGUGACGCUUGGUGAAGCGUCCGGCAAAAAAGCAGGUGACUGGUAUGGACCUGGUUUUGUUGCACAUUUAUUUAGACAAGCUUUCAAACAGGCCUCAAAUGAUAACUACGAAUUUGACUCAAUUGGCGUGUAUGUGGCUCAAGAUUGCGCAGUAUACAUAAGAGACGUAUUGGAGGAGUGUACCUUAAAAAAUGACAAAUGGAAAUCUCUCAUUCUCUUAAUUCCAGUCCGAUUAGGGGCAGAAAAGUUUAAUUCAAUUUAUGAGCCAUGUUUAACCACACUAUUUAGUUUAAAACAAUGCAUUGGUAUAAUAGGAGGCCGUCCAAAACAUUCCUUGUACUUCGUAGGAUACCAAGAUGAUAAACUGAUCCAUUUGGACCCACAUUAUUGCCAGGAGGUGGUGGAUGUUUGGGCGCCAGAGUUUCCCCUGACAAGUUUUCACUGUAGGUCCCCCAGGAAGUUACACAUAAGUAAAAUGGAUCCCUCUUGUUGUGUUGGGUUCUAUUGCGCUACCAAAGAAGACUUUUUAAAUUUAAUUGAGACUGUACAACCGUUGGUUGUUCCCCCAAAUAGAUCUGGAAGUGGCAACGAGUAUCCGAUGUUUAUCUUCUGCGAUGGAUACAGCAAAGAUGCACAAGUAACACCUAAGAAAUUACCACCUCAAGAUCUUGAAUAUUCAAUAGAUAGUAAUGACUCGGAUAUGGAAACUGAAGCUUUUGAGAUUUUGUAAAAUUUUAAUUUGGGCAUCUUUUCGACAGUUCCUUAUCGUUUUCGACAUUUACAAAAAUUGUUUGUACUCAUCAUAUUAAUUUAUUAUUCAUAGGCAUUUAAUGAAAUUGUUCUGAAAUUAUAUCAAAUGAUAUACAUAUGUAAUCAAUGUUAAUUGUUAAAUGUUUUAUUAUGGGACAAGAACAAUUUUGUUAAAUUUCAUUCAUUGUAGUUUUACGGAAUUAUUGUGAUCUUAUUUGUUUAAUUUCUUGUUGCUGUAGAAUAUAUCAAUUUAUUUUUUGAUCAUCGCAGUUGUAUAAAAUUUGUUGUCUGGGUGAAAUAUAAACUGUUAAAUUCUAUACAUAAUUUAUUAUCAAAAUUCUAAUCUCUCUAUUAGUUUUACUUUAUUUUUCUAACUCACACACAUAAUGAAAUAUAAAAUUGUAAAAAUAAACAGUUGUAUAAAAAUAA